AAUCAGAAUCUCCCUCUCUCACAAGACUUCUGCACAAGAAGAUUUCUUCCCUCCUCUGUGUAUUUUUGCGUGUUCUUUUCCUAACUAAUCAAAUCUACCUUUCUUCUUUCUUCAUAUUUGUUUCCAACUAAAGAUAAUUUGGGAAAGCAAUUUUCUGGUACACAUAUAUACAUUUUUCUCAUAUUUUACUGUUUUCUUUGUUUUUUCUCUCUUCUUAUUCUGUGGAAAUUCUCUGAGAGUUAGAUUAGGCAGCAAUCUAAAGGUUUAUUUUGUCAAUGGCUGAAGAGAAUACUUCAGAGGUCAAAGAUAUUGAGAAUUCUUCCGAUACAAACCCUCCGAAGAUGUCUGAAGAAGGCUCUUUGGAAACAGUACGUGUAAAGGAUGUGGAAAAUGUGGAAGAUGUUAUAGCUGUGGUAGCCAAGGAUCAAGAAGAGAUUAUACCAGAGAUUAUUGAAGUGCCUAAGCCUCAAGGUGGGACUUUGAGACGCCAUUCGACUGGAACGAUAAGUAAACCGCAGGUUCAGUCCCGUUAUCGUGGGAAUCAUCGUGUGGGUUCGACUCAUGAUUUAUGUAAACAUGGGAAGAAAUGUGAUCAAGAUGAUGCUGUGAAGCCGUGGAAGAUUGCAAGGAGAAAGAGUGUUGAAGGUUCAGUUGUGAUCAAAGUUGAGACACCAAGUUCGACAAGGAAGUCAUUGGGGAGUGUGAGUAGACAGAGUCCAGGUAUAACCAAACCGGAUAGUUCUGUUUCUGCAAAGAGAGAUGCCUUGGCUGUGAAGAAAAAACCAUGUGCUUCUGUGAAUUCAGAAUCUAGCUCCAAAGAAGGUAGUGAGAUAGCGAAAUCUGUUGAUGGUUUAAGCGUUAAAAGCAAUGAUAGAGCGCGGAAGAAUAAAGAAACCGAGAGUGGUCUGAGUGGUUCAGCUGUUGUUAAGAAGGUUCCUGCCUUGAGAACUGAUAAGUCAAGUACUUCUACGGGCGUUGGAAGUUCUAAGGUUUGUGCUCCAAAGAAUCUGAAGAAUGUGGAGAAGGCAAAGACGACUCAGACAAUUAGCGGUGAAGAUGUAAAAGAAAAGACUGUGUGUGUUGUUGAAUCUAGCGUCAAAGGUGUUAAGAGUGAAAAGCAACCAUCAUCUGAGAAGAAAACCAUGAAAAGUGGGAAUAAAAGCUUGAGUACUACUCCUAAACGUGGUUCUAGUCCUACAAAACAGAUUCCUGGUAAAAUCAGUACCGGUUUGACUAAGAAGAAAGAAACUGGCUCUGCAGACGUUGUUGAAGCAAAUCCAAAACCGGAGAAGAAGGUUAGGCCUAAGAAGACAGGAGUAAAGGUGAGUCUAGCUCAGCAGAUGACUUUCAAGAAAGGAAAGGUUCUUGAUCCUAAACCCGAGGAUUCUUCUCCGAGAUGGAUCAAGUUCAAAAAGAGGGUGGUGCAGGAACUGAAAACGCAAUCCGAAGGGAAGAAGAAGAAUCUUAAAGAUAGAAGAUUGGGUGUUGAGACGAAAACAGAUUCUUGUGAAGGAAGUAAACGUGAGAAAGUUGUUCUGAGGCAUCGAAAAGUAGAAGGGAAGAAGAAAAUGAUAACAUUGUUUAACAAUGUGAUUGAGGAGACAGUGAAUAAGCUAACAAAGGUGAGGAAGCACAAAGUGAAAGCUCUUAUUGGUGCUUUUGAAACUGUUAUCUCUCUUCAGGACACUAAUAAGACAUCUCACAAACCUCAGAGCAAGGCCACAACAUCUGCUUCUAAGGUUAGACCUUUGGUCUCCGAACAAUGAAAGAAAGAAAAAAAGACAAAAGUUUAUUUGUGCAUAUGAUCUAUUAACAUUGAAGAUUUUAAACUUCAAGAGCGACCAAGAGAUAAUUUUCUUGUUACUGUCCUCGAAAUAGCAAAGGGUUUAGUAAUGUACUUUGACAGUUACUGAAUUCAGUUGUGAAGCUUUCAAGUUUUAUCUGCAAGUCUUUUUCCAUACUCAAAACAGUUUUU